UGUACCUCCUCGCAGAAUCGGUGCACUUGAUGACGAAGAGCUCAGGCGACUGCCAGCAUCAGAUCUCCAUCCAAGAUCCCCAAUAUCACUAGCCGGAGACCUACUGUAGAUGCUACGGGAUUGACCGAAACUCUCUUCGUUGCCAAUGUCCUGGCCCACAGCGGUGGCGGGUGGAUGGACAUCCGUCAUCCUGCUAGCGACCCUCCUCCUCUACUAUCAGCUUACGCGAGGCAUUCCAUCUCGUCAACGACCCGAACAAGCCCCACGGUCGAAGUUCGGGGUGGUACCAGUGGAUGGCUCUCGGCAGGGACUGGGAACACAGUUGCGGAGGGAUGGGGUCGAUAUCAUCUUCGUCCACGGGCUGGGGUCAAACCCAGACAGCACAUGGCUGGCACGAUCACCGCGCAACGCCACGGGGCCGCGUCAAAGAGCGGGAGUUGACGGGGAUGGAGUAUGUUGGGUUACCGAUCUCCUCAUUGCCGACAUCCCUCCGGCGGUACGCCGCAAAACUCGGAUCUUCUUCUAUAACCACGAUUCAUACUGGCAACGCGGAGCCGUUCAGACGCGGCUAUGGAAUCUCGCAGGAAAUUUACUCCAACACCUCCAAGGCAAAAUUCGACAGACCGAGGAGGAAAAAGCGCGAGAUUUGGUUUUUGUCGCAUACAGUUAUGGUGGCCUCCUUGUGAAACAGGCUUUGAUACGGGCAAAGAAUGCUGCUCUUUCUCAAGACAUCGUGAAUCGGACCCGUGGAAUCGUCUUCCUCGGGACGCCCCAUCGAGGAUCCAAUUUUACUCUGCUAGGAUCGUGGAUCGCGUGGUCUCUACGGCCGUUGGGAUCGAAUCAAACACUUCUCGAUGAGAUAACAUACGACUCGGUACACCUCCAAGACCUCCAUGAGCAAUUUGUACAGGCAACCGGCCCUAAUCUUCAGAUAUACAACUUCUUCGAAGAGCGUCCGACCUACCUCGUCGACAUCAGAUUAUUUCAGUUGAGCAAAUUUUGUGUCAAGGAACAGUCAGCGACAUACUCCGACUCCGCUCAACAUGUCUACAGUGUAGGUCUGAACGUCGAUCAUUCCGGCCUGAACAAGUUUGGGGCACGGACAGCAGCAUACGAGCUCGUCCGCGACGCACUGAUGCAACUCCUCCCACCUCCACUUCAGAAGAUAUACUCUGUGCCUCGGGGUCGAGUGCAGACAUAUACAGCUCGGCAAGACCUCUCGCAGAGCAUCUAUGAAGCUUUAGGGGUGACCUUUGACGAUGGGGCCGCCGAGGUUGACGGAACUGUCCGUGACUUCCAAGCAGUUGUCAUCCACGGGAUGGGUGGUGUGGGCAAGACACAGCUGGCACUUAAUUACGCCGAAGAGACUCGUGAAUGUUACAACCCCGUUUUCUGGAUUGACGCUCAAACAAAGGAGACAGUUCAAAUAAGCUUUGAACGGGGAGCAGCCGCCCUGGGACUGACGUUCCGGAACCCCCCAACCGCUGACAUAGAACUACAGGCCUUCCCUGCGGUGGCUGGCGUGUGCUGCUGGUUUUCUGAGCGGGACGAAGGAGACCCUCGAUGGCUGGUGAUUGUUGACAACGCGGACGACACAUCGUGGCGAAUCGAUGAAAUUAUCCCGCGCGGGGUUCGAGGGCAUGUCAUUGUGACAAGUCAGCACCGACAGACUCCAAACUUCCUUGGAGGAUCCUGCAAACUCGUCGAGGCUAGGGAGCUGAGCAGGGAAGAAGCUCGAACUCUACUAAAGGCCCACGUACGUCUGACCGUUGGUAGUGGGUGGGAGCAAGAGCUCGAGGGAAUGGAUGAUCUUUGUGACUUGGUGGUUGGUCGGCUUGGAUGUCUAGCUCUGGCGACAGAACUCGCAGGACUCUAUCUGAGCGAUCAGCUAUCCCAUUUUCUCAACGACACGAAUGUGAUGAAAUCCGAAGCCUUCCGCAGGGUCUUCCGACAAUAUCUGGAUGACUUCGAGCGACAUCAGGAUGAGCUUCUUCAGGGGAAGCCGUUCCAGCGUCUCUCGUCUUAUCAGAAGACGGUAUGGACUGUGUGGGAUACAAGCUUGGCGGCCAUCGAGAAACAGUUCCCACAGAGUCACACGAACCAAAUGCUGACCUUUCUCGCCCAAUUUGACCGAGGACAGGUGGAGAAGGAGAUGUUUCGACUUGCUAGUGAUGGGUGGAGUGACAUGAUUGAUCAAUGCGAAUUAUCUGAAGAUGGAAUACCCGAGUGGCUUCAAUGCAUGGUCAUACGCCACAAUAUUGGUUGGGAUGACUUUCACUACCGACAAGCGACUCAACCGUUGAUGCGCUAUGGGUUGCUUCGCCAAGUAGAUGGCGAAUGGUCAGCAACGACGAUGCACAAUCUGGUUCAGUGGCGUGCGAGAAAAGCUGGAGAGGAGAUGAAAGUAGUCUGGAGACGAUGCACAUUGUUCUUCCUCCUUGCGGCAGUUUGUCGGAUUAAUCGCGACAAAGAACGAUCCUUGUUCCGACGGCAUUUAAUCGCGCAUUUGUUAGAAAUGAACAUCGACUACGGCGAUUUGGUUCAAGAGUUGCAGCUGAAGGAAAUACCACUCGCCUCACUAGCGCAAGAACUCCUGGGAGUGUUCUCCAGCGAAGGUCGAUGGCAGAAAGCAGAGGAGCUGGCUCUCCAAGUACUGAAGGUAAGAAAGAAGGUGCUUGGAGCGAGGCAUCAUCACACAUUGCAAAGUAUGGACAACCUGGGGAGAGCAUUACUGAAUUCGGGAAAGUAUCAGGAGGCGGAGAAGUCAUAUCGGGAAAUAUUGGAGCUGAGGAUAAGGGCAAGAGGAAAGAAGAAUGUCGAAACGCUGCAGUCGAUGGGUGCUCUUGCUUUCACGCUGAACCAAUUAGGAAAGAUUGAGGAGACAGAAGAGACACAACGAGAAGCCUUAGAGAUGACUGGGGAACUAGUAGGAAAGGAGGAUCCUUUCAUGCUGAAGAUGCUUAGUGACCUAAGCAUAAUGCUGCUUGGGUUAGAGAAAUGUGAGGAGGCAGAGAAGAUACUUCGAGAUGUAUUACAGGUACGGCAGAGGCGGCUAGGAAAAGAGCAUCCAGAGACACUGGAAACCAUGAAUAAUCUAGGUUGCGCAUUACGCGGUCUACAGCAGCUCGAUGAGGCGAAGAGCAUGUGCCAGGAAGCAGUACAAGGCUUCGAGAAGAUGCUGGGAAAAGAACAUCCUCGAACACUGACCUCGAUGGAUAACUUCGCCGCGGUACUCUACGCACUACAGGAUCUGGAAGAAGCCAAGACAAUCUUUCAGGAGGUGUUCCAACGCGGAGAGAAGGUGCUGGGGAAGGAACAUCCAGACACACUGAUAAAUAUGAGUAAUCUAGCUUUGGCACUGGGCAAGCUGAAUCAGUAUGAAGAAACGUGGAAACUAUGUCGGGAAGCGGUGCCACUGAUGGAGAAGGUGCUAGGCAAGGAACAUCCAGACACACUGGCAAGUAUGCAUAAUCUAGCUUGGGCACUGAACAAGCUAGGGCAGCAUGAAGAAGCGUUGAAACUAUGUCAUGACGCGGUGCCUCUGAUGGCGAAGGUGCUGGGGAAGGAGCAUCCCUGCACACUACACUGCGGGAGGCUCUUGGAAACAUUAUCGAAGCGUCGAGAUGGGCCUUGA